AGAUUUGAGAUCCCAGCCAACAGCUAUGUGGAGUUUGUACGUGUCAUUUGGCCCGGUGGAAUAGCGACAACCAAAUAUUCAGGAGCUCAGACUCCAGUCUAUUCAUUUGACAGCUCUUCAUCCAGUUCAGUUGAAGACCCUCAGAGCGUUUGGGAUAUUUUUCAUCGCAGUGUAAUCAGUCAACGGCGAAAUGUAACGGAAAUCGUCGCUCGCUUUCGCGAAGACUUGGUCAAUAAUGUGCAGACGUUGAAAAACAGUCCAGCGACUGAAGUGUACAAACUACUAUUUCGAGUAACUCGGCCACCCGUCGGUUCAGCCGGUCGAGUUGCCCCGCGCAUAUUUUGGAGUUUGGUCUCACUCAGGCGACGAGAAUCAUCCGAUCAUGCAGUUGGUGGAAGCCCUAUUGUUACCCGCUUGAAUAUCGAAUCCUCAGAGUUGGUACACUUGGUAAUGGUUUUAAAAAGCUCGGCACUAGUUAACUUGGCAGCUUUAACUGGUGAGCCCAGUGUACAUCCGGUCUGGGUAUAUGGGCUCACGUACGACGCACAAGUCGUAGAUGUGACAAAACGGGCAACAUGCCACACCGGUGACGACGCCAUCAUACACUUCGCCAAUGAUGCUUGCGAUCGGCUCGGUUUCUCUGGUGCAGAGCUGGACGGUUCACCUGCGUUACCGCUAGUGACCAAAUUGGAUGGUCGGAGUGCCACUAUCAACUUGUUGGUGUGGUUUCCAAAAUCGCCUGCUCUGCGACUUGCGGUGGGUACUUCCACUCAAGGAAUUCAAAACAGUGGCGGAUCACAAAAGGUGGAUCAGGUCCUAAUGAAACGUUUAGACACAGAGACAAGUGGUAUGGGCACAAAACGCGAACAGUCAGUCUGCCGAAAAACAGGUCGGAUUCAGUUGAAUGACACCAACUCCAUGUGCUAUUUUCAGUACCUGCCCGUACGUGUGCUGGCCAGAUUCAUUCUUGCUGGAUCGGUACUUUAUGAUAAAGACGUACUUGGAGGACACAUUGAUCAGUUUGUUGAUGUGACUGAAUACACUGCUCAUCGACUACGUGUAGACAAUCUUGCAGGAGAUCACAGCAACGCAAAUUCUGUCUCACUCGAUGUCAAUCAAAGACCACCCGCUCUUCCGUUGCUUCUGCAUAAAAGUGGAGACAUUAAGACAUUGGGGACAACUGAAGCCCACUCAAAACAUGCAAAUAAUGUGCCUUAUCUGCGGAGUACAACAAAACCUGGAUUAGCUUCGUCCGCAGCGUGGAUAGUUGGGAAAAAUCCGGGCAAAUUCCGGAUAUGGUUGGAACCUGUUGAUCGUUCGCGCCUGGACAACGCGAUACCGCCUGGGCUGGCGAAACAGUUGAGAGAGCACUUAUCGGAUUCCGAUGAUAGCAACCAAUCACGCGUUGUGUACGCGUCGGACGAACAUCCUAGUCUAGAAAUUCGGGUUACUGAUGAGGUCAGCGUGCGGGCUGUGGGAAUCUCCGCGCAAUUGUUAACAGGUUUUUCCAUGAAGUUGAGUCACGGGAUUGAUUCAAAUUUAGAACGCGAGCCAAUUUCGUCCGAGCAUGGAUUAAACUCUUUAACUGAGCCACUGCCACUCUAUUCGGGACUCUACGCUCUACAGUAUACUCUCCUGGGUGGCUCUUUGGUUCACAGUGGAACUGUUAACACAUCUUCAACCGAUUCGAAAACUCGCCUCAGUGGACAAACUACAUCUUGGAGGUUAGUAGCAACAACGAACGCGUCACAAGAGUCCAGCAAUGCUAGUAAUGUAGAACCGAUGUAUUUGGCAAUCUGGAUUCAUCUUGAUGAUGGCUCGACGCUACUGUGGAGCCAUAUGGUCGAACUGUAUCGCGAUGCACACCGGUCUCUUCCAUUUCAACUGACGGUCGACAAUCUGCGCCCCGAUUUGGUUCACGUAAGCGGGACAAAUGUGAAUCACCAUACGCGUCGACGCAGACAUACUAUGGACUUCCCCGUCAACUGCCACCGAGGAACACCCAGUUUUGCCCAACAUAUAUCACGUGUCAGUGGUUCAGACUUCAGACAGAGACAGCACAUUCGUGUGAUGGACGGAGUCCAGUUUGAAGAGAACGAUAAGCCUUGUGAGGAAUAUGAUGCGCAGACAUGGUCUGGUCCCGUUGUGCGUGUGCUGCGACACGACACUGCAUUUAUUGGUGAGGUUUAUAUUAAAGUUUAA